UUGCUUCCGUGCCCGCCCCCUCCCGGGCUGCUCACCCCCACACGCGCUGCAAGUUGGGCAUGUGGGGGCGCUACCGGCCGACGGCCGCGUUCAGUUUCUUAUAAGCGUGAGGGUUUGUGCGGCCGGGGUAGCUGCUGGGCGAUUGCUAGAUAGAGCAAGGAAAUUACUGGGGACGCGCGCGCGGGGUAGCAUCUAGCAUCCGUGAGAUCGAGGGAGGAGCGAGGAGGAGAGUUCGGCCGGGCAUGGAGCUCGACGGGGAGACGUUCUUGGACGAGCUCAUGUCGCUGCGGCGGGAGGCGGCGGCGGCGGCGCCGUGGCAAGGCUACCCCGCCGGCGGCGGCGUGAUGAUGAGCGACCUCCUCUUCUACGGCGCCGACGUCAGAAGCGGCGGCAUGGACCUGCCGCCGUUCCAGGAGCUGGCGCCCAUGCCGCCCGCGGCGCCCCCGCAGCACCCGCACGAGGAGUUCAACUUCGACUGCCUCAGCGAGGUGUGCAACCCUUACAGGAGCUCCGUCGCUGCCCCGGGGGAGGCAGCGCCCGGCCAGACGCUCGUUGCUCCCCUCCACGACGCCAUGGUGGAGGAGGAGACGAGCGGCGAUAAGGGGCAGUGCCACGGAGGCGGGCGCUCCCCGACGUUCGUGUUCGGAGGAGGCGCCGGCGUCGGCGAGAGCACGGAGAUGGCGGCCAUCAGGGGUGUCAGCGGUCCACACCACAGGAGCAAGCUCCACGGCGCGCCGUCAAAGAAUCUCAUGGCUGAGAGGCGCCGGAGGAAGCGGCUCAACGACCGACUCUCCAUGCUCCGCUCCGUUGUUCCAAAGAUCAGCAAGAUGGACAGGACAUCCAUUCUUGGGGACACCAUUGACUAUGUGAAGGAGCUGACAGAGCGGAUCAAAGCCCUCGAAGAGGAGAUCGGCGCCUCGCCGGAGGACCUCAACCUUCUGAAUACCUUGAAAGAUUCGUCCAACAGUAACAAUGAGAUGAUGGUGAGGAACUCCACCAAGUUCGACGUCGAGCAGCGGGGCAACGGCAGCACGAAGAUCGAGAUCUGCUGCUCCACAAACCCCGGGGUGCUGCUGUCCACGGUGAGCGCGCUGGAGGUGCUGGGGUUGGAGAUCGAGCAGUGCGUGGUGAGCUGCUUCAGCGACUUUGGCAUGCAGGCCUCUUGCUUACAAGAGGACGGGAAGAGGCAAGUAAUAAGCACCGACGAGAUAAAGCAGGCAUUGUUUAGGAGUGCUGGGUAUGGAGGGAGGUGUCUCUAGCAGGCCGAAAUUUCAUCCAGCGAAUUGAUAAUAUAAAUCGGACCAAUUACAUUGGUCGUUCUUGUUCUUGUUCUUGAUGCCGGCCUUCCCGGGGCUUUGCUCCAUAUGAAUUAAUAAUACAUAGCUAGUGUUCAUCUAUGAGUGUAGCUAGUAUAAGUCAUCUGAAUCCCAGCAAAUUAAAGAUUUGCUAAGGUAUUGUAAGUUGAUCAUUUCUUGUGGUUUGUAUGUCAUUUUGGAUCAUGGCUUUGUAUGUGGAUUAUUGAUAUCAUGUAUCACGCGACAUGGUUUGGGUUAAAUGCCAAGAAUCUGGAUUGUUUCUUAUGUAA